AUAACCUCUCCACUUGGCACUCGGUCCAAAUUACUGAACACGACUCCCAAACUACCAGUGUGCAGACUUCAACAUGGCAAGUGUCCGGCUGCUGGUGCUUUUGAAUAGUUUCUUUAUGUCUGGUCUUUCUAUGGAUCUCCAACUUAUCAAAGUGAACCCUAAACAAGCCAUCAUGGGUGUAUUUGAAGUUACCCUGGGAAAUAAAUAUGCCUUGAAUGCAUCGGCUGCCCGUAUUGUUUGUGACCAUCUAGGCGUGACUAUCGCGAGCAAAGCACAGGUAACGGAGGCCCAGAAACAUGGUCUGGAAACAUGCAGGUAUGGGUGGGUAGAUGAGCAAAUUGCUGUUGUUCCAAGAGUUCAUGUUAGCACAAUCUGUGGCAAAGGUAAAGACGGAGUUGUCGUGUGGCGAACAAACCUCAAUAUACUAUUUGAUGUCUUUUGCUUCAAUUUAACAGAUUUUGAGAUCCAGGCUGCCAUGGCCGCAGACCAAAAGAGCACAGAGAUGCCAAAAACAAGCACUGAAUCUUCAGCAUCAUCUCCACCCGGUUUCUUCUCUACUGCACACAAUCUCUCAUUUAAUAACAUAGAGGAGAAACAUUUGCUUCUUAGUGAUACACAUUCAGUCGGUGCUGUCCCAGUUGCUCUUCUGAUCACGGUCGCCUCUGUUGUUCUGCUGGCUGUCAUUCUCGCACUUUACUAUUUUAAAAUGAACAAAACCUGCCCGACAUUCUGGGAUGUUGAGCAGCGACAAGAGGACAUUGAGACGGAGGUUUUGGAGCACUACAGUAAAAAAGACCUGCAGAGACCACAUGAGGAGAUAGAAGAGAAAGAAAACAACAACAAUAACCACAAGACUGACCAAGAAUGAAACUGAUGAUUUAAUUUAAAGGGGCCAUGGCAUGAAAAUCUGACUUUUUCCAUGUUUAAGUGCUAUGAUUGGGUCCCCAGUGGUUCUAUCAACCUAGAAAAUGUGAAAAAGAUAAACCCAAUAACUUAGUUUUGGUAAACCAUUCUCUACAAGCACAUGAAAAAUAGGUUGUUGAAAUUUGGCUCUCCUUAUGAUGUCAUAAGGAGCUCUUAUUAUAAUAAUACCGCCCCUUAAUCUGCACUAUCCAACCACAGCACCGCCAUUUAGUGCAGAGAAAAACCCAAUUGAGUUUUAAUUUCAAUGAACCACCAUCAUUGUCAUCACUGUUUAAAUUUCAUCAGCUCAUUUGCAUUUUAAAGGACACACCCAUUUUUGCACACACCUACAAAGUGGCAAUUUUAACAUGCUAUAAUACAUUAUUUAUAUGGUAUUUUAAAACCUGACAUAUGUGCUCUGGGGACACCAAAGAUUUAUUUGAUAUCUUAAAAAAGUCUUGUGCCAUGGCCCCUUUAACAAAACACUAUGGGAUGCCUGAGAGUCGACUGUUGCCUGUGUGUGCCACAAUGCUGAAGUUAUGUAACGAAAUGCAAACGUGUGUAUUUAUAUGUGAACUGUGACUAAUUAUUUUAUAACUUUAAAUAUUUUUUCACCUUUUACUAAUUUUUUUAGCUAUUUAAUGAAAAUGCAUUGUUCUAUGUAAUUAGAAAUGUUUUUUUUUCAUGUUGUGAGGAAAGUUGUUGUGUGGCUUGAGUAGUUUUAUAGCUUUGUACAUUUUUAUUGUAGAUUUGAAUUUAGUUUUUUGUGGUCACCCUAAUUCUCUAAAAUAAAUGUUAUUUUUAUAUUCA